AUGGGUCAAUUCAUUCAACGAACUCGCCUCCAUACCGAGUCUCAGAUCUUUGCCAGUAGCCGCAGGCAGAUCUCUCACAUCGUUCACCUGAUCGGUUGCGCCCACCUCUGUGGUUCUUCGCCCAUUCUCCUCUCCCAAAGCUCGCUCAGUGCUCAGAACUUCUCAGUUACUUCAUUCCCGACGUUCUCUGACAACCGCGGGCUGGCCAUCGAGGUUCGUGUCUCGCAGCAGGGGGUCAAGGCGAAUUGGGUGCGAAUCGAGUUGAGGAAGGUAGAGAAGAUGCCGUGGACAGGCCAACACAUAUUACAACUUCGUUGGACACAUCGCAUUGGAGAAUCGAAGUGGGCAGGCUCCACGUUUGAUGAUCCAUUUUUGCUAAAAUUUUCUUCUGUAACUGGCAUCAAUUAUGAGCUGGUGGCGACCAUCAUCAUCGAUAAACAUAAGCUACACUCUACUUGGCCCGUCUACUGCCAACCCCCGACCCGGCACCUUUCUCAAGAGGGCGUCAACUUCCUUGUCCAGCGCAACCAUACCUGCUACGGGCCUAGUGAUCGUAUCUCCGUCAAUGCCACUGUCAAAUCCUACAGUUUACAUACCAUCAUUCUCCGAGGGUUUGAAAUUUCGUUCAAGGAAUCGACUGUCUUCCGCGCGGGGUUAUAUGACCAAGGAAAGAAAGCCGCUCCACAAGUCAGCGUGGUUAACGUAUGCGAGAACAAACUUGUCGUGAAUGCGAUGUCAUAUGGUGGUACACAACAUCAAGCGGAACUGUGGCGUAAUGGACCAGCCCCCAGUCUCUCUCUUCCCGUGUCGAAUACACCGACUUCACAACAGUUGGCAUCUACUAGAGAGCCUCCACCCAGAAUAUCACCGCCAGCUCUAUCGGGAGCAGGUGUUUUCCCAAUCGGGCAUUCUCACAAUAAUUCUACUACUGGACCCUGGUGCUGCAAAUUCUUAUUCUACCUUCCCACGUCAGCGUCGUCCACCGCAAAGCUACCAGCCGAUGAACUGGGCUAUGAAGCUGGGUACGGCAUCAAGCCCCCAUAUGCCACACAUCAGCCAACGAAGAGCAAUACCCUCAAUGAUGAAUUCCCGCCUGUCCGUCCAACGCCCACGAUCAACACCAACCUCAAACCCAUCACACCGCCCCCUGCAACGUUAGCGGCGACCACGAAUGGUAGGACAACGGGAGAAGAAAAGGCGCAAAUAUUUGAGAAGGCUAGAAAGCGAGUGAAGUUGACGCAAGGUGCUCAUGCUGCUCCACCUCCUGCAUCUGCAUCCCCACCUCCUACAUCCCAGACAUCGCCUCCCCAGGCUGCAGCUGGCAGCGGCACCGGCCGCCAAUCCUGCUAA